AUGGCUAAUAAUCUGUCACUGCAGAGCAUAUUGGAUGCAAAUAAACUCACUGGCCCAAACUUCCUCGAUUGGUUUCGAAACCUUGAGAUUGUCUUGAAACAGGAGAAGAAAUCCUAUGUCCUUGACACUCCUAUUCCACCAGUCCCUGUUGCUGAUACUAGUGCUGAGGAUAAGGAAGCAUAUCAACGUCAUAAGGAUGAUGAUGAUCAGGCAACAUACAUGAUGCUAGCCAAUGGCAGUUCUGUUAGACCCCAUGUGCUGAAGAUGAUUGAACUCAUCGAGAAACUUGGACAAUUGGGAUUAGCAAUGGAUCAUGAGCAAAGUAUAGACUUAGUUCUACAAUCUCUUCUUGACAGCUUGGCUCGCUAUGCACCUUAUCUCGUUUCUACUAAGGAGAUGAAGAUUCAGAGGUUUGUGGAUGGGCUAGUAGAGCCGUUGUUUAAGGCUGUGGCAUCCCAAGAUUUCAAUACCUACUCUGCAGUGGUAGAUUGUGCUCAACGGAUUGAGAUGAGGACCAAUGAGAGUAGAGCCACGAGGGAUAGAGAAAAAAAGGCUAAGAUAGAGGGUUAUCAAGGCUAUAGAUAUUUUAGCAGUGGGAUGUCAUCUUCUAGCCGUCAGGGUCCAUAA